GGCCAAGGUUCAAGGUUACCCACCUCAAGUAGCCUAGCAAUAUUUGCAACAUCCCGAUGGCCCUGUCCUUUUCUUUACUGAUGGCCGUGGUGGUGCUCAGCUACAACUCCAUCUGCUGUCUGGGCUGUGAUCUGCCUCAGACCCACAGCCUGGGUAAUAGGAGGGCCUUGAUAUUCCUGGCACAAAUGAGAAGAAUCUCUCCUUUCUCCUGCCUGAAGGACAGACAUGAUUUCAGAUUCCCCCAGGAAGAGAUUGAUGGCAACCAGUUCCAGAAGGCUCAAGCCAUCUCUGUCCUCCAUGAGAUGAUCCAGCAGACCUUCAAUCUCUUCAGCACAAAGGACUCAUCUGCUGCUUGGGAACAGAGCCUCCUAGAAAAAUUUUCCACUGAACUUUACCAGCAAUUAAAUGACCUGGAAGCCUGUGUGAUACAGGAGGUUGGGGUGGAAGAGACUCCCCUGAUGAAUGAGGACUCCAUCCUGGCUGUGAGGAAAUACUUCCAAAGAAUCACUCUUUAUCUCACAGAGAAGAAAUACAGCCCUUGUGCCUGGGAGGUUGUCAGAGCAGAAAUCAUGAGAUCCUUCUCUUUUUCAACAAACUUGCAAAAAGGAUUAAGGAAGAAGGAUUGAAAACUGGUUCAACAGGGAAAUGAUCCUCAUUGACUAAUACAUCAUCUCACACUUUCAUGAGUUCUUCCAUUUCAAAGACUCACUUCUCCUAUAACCACGACGACUUGAAUCAAAAUUUUCAAACGUUUUCAGUAGUGUAAAGAAGCAUUGUGUUUACCUGUGCAGGCACUAGUCCUUUACAGAUGACCAUGCUGAUGUCUCUGUUUAUUUAUUUAUUUAUUUAUUUAACUAUUUUUAAGAUUUAAAUAUUUUUUUAUGUAGUAUCAUGUGUACCUUUACAUUGUGAUUAAUGUAAUAAUAUAUGUUCUUCAUAUUUAGCCAAUAUAUUAAUUUUUUUCAUUAAAUUUUUACUAUACAAAUUUCCUUGUGUUUGUUUAUUCUUUAAGAUAAAAUGCCAAGCC